AUGGCACCAAGGUACAUCGUGUCUGCUUUGAAAGACAAAGAUCCAGAAAAUCUCACGAGUAUUACCCAGAUUUACAAAGCUAGAGCAACAUACAAACUGGGCAAGAGAGGUGCACUGACAGAAGUGCAAAUGUUAUUUAGCCUUAUUCACCAAGAGAAAUACAUGUGUUGGUCUAGAAAUAAGGAGAAUUCAGAUAUUGUGGCUGAUAUCUUCUGGAAACACCCUGACUCAGUUAAGUUGUUGAAUAUGUUUCCUUUGUACCGGCUACCACUGCUUGAGAUUGUUGGUGUUACAUCAACACAAUUGACGUUUUCAGUUGCUUUUGCAUAUUUGGAACACGAAAGGGACGAGAACUUCACAUGGGCACUGGAGAGGCUCAAUGAGUUGUUCUAUUGUGAGAAAUUUCUACCAGAUGUCAUGGUGAUGGACCGCAUGAAAUUUAAAGAGUAUGUCAAAUUAGAAAGACAAGAACAUGCCAUGGAUCAAUGGAACAACAUGAUGUAUUCAAAUACAAAAGACGAAUUUGAUGUACAUCUCAACCACUUCGAGAGUGGUGGAGUCUGCACAUUGGAGACUGCAGAACAUGUUGACAACAAGUCGAGUUUUAUUUCAAGACAUUGUAUACAAAUCAUUGGAAAGAAACUAGAAAAAGGAAAAUUUGUUGGUGCGAGCAAGCAGAGGUGUGGUUGUUACAUUAGAACAACAUGUGGGUUAUCGUGUGCGUGUCAUCUCGUCGGCUACCAGAUUCUAGGCAUACCUAUACCUUUGGAAUCUAUUCAUGUGUUUUGGACAAAAUUGCAAAUUUAUGAAUAUGAGGUGAGUCUUGACGAGGAGAAGUGGGAUUUAGAAGAGGAGUGCGAAGAGUUGAAGCGACAAUUCAGUACUAUGGAUAUUGUGGGUCAAAGGGCGUUGAAGAAAAAAGUUUGUGAUAUUGCCUAUCCAUCCACAUCUUCAAUGUGUCCACCGCCGGUCAAAUACAAGCCAAAGAGAGGAAUUAAGAAGAGUAGAAAGGGGGAAGAAAGUGAUGUGCAUCGUGAUCCAAGUUAG